GAUUUCUGUACCCACUGCGACGACCAACAGUGCUCGAUCUCUUCUAGCGUGACGUAAACCAUAGAAUCAUCUUCCGUGUGCCAGCUUUACAGUGAACAAAAUGAACAAGCUCGUCUAUGUGCUCGUGCUUGGGUUGAUUGCAUCCGUGACGGCAGAUAAAGAUGCCACCGUACUCAGACAGGACUCGGAAGUUAACCCGGACGGGACGUAUCAGUAUGCGUACGAAACAUCCAAUGGAAUAGUGGCCGAGGAACAGGGUACACUGAAGAAUCUUGGUGAAGAACAAGCGCAAGUCGCCCAAGGACAGUACUCGUACACCGAUCCCGAAGGUAACCGUAUCUCACUGCAGUACAUCGCAGAUGAGAAUGGAUUCCAGCCGCAGGGUGAUCAUCUGCCAACGCCACCACCCAUCCCGGAGGCCAUCGAGCGUGCCCUGCGACUGUUGGCGAACCUGAGCCGGAACAAGCGUGGUUCCGUGUAGUGUAGCUAGCAACAACAAUCACACUGCGAGCCGUAAAUAGUGAAUUAGGUUAGUGAUACAGGUCCCAGGCACUUGGCAGCAACUAGUCAUGUUUCUGAAGCGUAAAGUGACAAGGAAAUAAAAAC